AUGCCUAAGAACCGACCGGCUGCUUCAGGCUACGAGCGUAUUGCUCAAGCUGACGAGGAGAGUACCGGUGGUUUCUCCGACGAGUCCGAUGACGAUGUUCCCUAUCGAGGGCCGGCCCUGUCCAUUCCGGGACCACGAUUUGCCCCAAUUCAACCGCGCCGACAAGAUGGUAUGCAGUCGCUGCCUUCAGAUUAUCGCCGCCCUAAUGCCGAACGUCGAAGGCGUAUGAGGAGCAAUUCAUCUGGUGUGGAUUUGAAAGCGAUCAAUGCUCGGCUAGAACGCUGGGCCGAUGAGAUUGCCUCAAAGUUUAAGAUUGGAAAGGUCAAGGGCAAAACGGCAGAAGAGGAGCAACUAGAAAUUCAUCAUUCUGUCUUUCAGGCACCCGAGUGGAUCAGACCAACAACAGCGGAGACAGUCGCCUCGGAAGGGAGAGAUGACUCUUCGCACAGAAUGACAAAAUUGGAAUUUGAUGAUGUGGUAGAAAGUGUUAAAGUUGCCAUUGAACUUGGAAUACACCCGAAGAUGAUAUCACAAGGAAGUUCUGGAAGCUAUUUUGCUCGAAAUGCUGAUGGCAAGGUCGUUGGCGUGUUCAAGCCAAAGGACGAAGAACCAUACGCUUCGCGGAACCCCAAAUGGACAAAAUGGAUUCAUCGAAACUUAUUCCCUUGCUUUUUUGGACGUGCCUGCCUAAUUCCUAACUUGAGCUACGUCUCCGAAGCCGCCGCAUAUGUCCUCGACAGCAGAUUGCAGACAAACCUCGUUCCGUACACUGACAUUGUUUAUCUAUCCUCGAAAUCGUUCUACUAUGACUUUUGGGAUCGCCGAAGUUAUUAUCGCAAACAUAAACCUCUUCCCCAGAAGGUUGGCAGUUUUCAGGUCUUUCUCCGGGGAUAUAAAGAUGCCAACAUCUUUCUACGAGAACACCCAUGGCCCGAUCAGCUUAGCUCGCACCUCUCUACCGAAGGUGCGCCAAAGCGCGUGAAACGGCCCUGGAAUGAGACGUGCAGGCCUGGCCGAGCCGAUUCGGAUGAUGAGGACGACUCGGGGCUGCGGUCGAGAGCAUCCGAAACCGAGCCGACGGAACGGAAAUUCAUGUGGACCGAGACGUUACAGCAAGCCUUUCGUGAGGAACUGGAAAAGUUGGUCAUUCUGGAUUAUAUAAUGAGAAAUACAGACAGGGGACUGGACAAUUGGAUGAUCAAGGUGGACUGGCAGAAUGAAGAAGUUUCCAUCGUCUCAGAACCACCCCGAAUGGACGGAGAGAAUGGCGAGGAAGAUCAAGCGCCGCGGCCUGUCAAUGUCGAUGGCAAUGGUGUAUCCCGUCACAACCUUCACCCGUACAGAAGCCAUGAUCCAAUGGCAGCGAUUAGUCGGUCUGCAACGCCAUCCAACGCAGAGACACAGCCGAAAAUAAGUAUUGGUGCCAUCGACAAUAGUCUCUCGUGGCCCUGGAAGCACCCGGACGCUUGGCGGAGCUUCCCUUUUGGUUGGCUCUUUCUUCCGGUUUCUCUGAUCGGGCAGCCAUUUUCUCAAAAGACACGAGAACACUUCUUGCCUAUUUUGACCUCGACCAAAUGGUGGAGCGGUACUCAGAAAGCUCUUCGGGAUAUUUUCAGCCAGGAUUCGGAUUUUCAGGAAAAAAUGUUUGCGCGACAGAUCGCCGUCAUGAAGGGUCAAGCAUGGAAUGUGGUAGAAACUCUCAAGCAGUCGGAUCAUGGCCCUCUCGAAUUGACACGGAGAGCGCGCAUUUGUGUAUGGGAUGAUCUCGUAGAUAUCCCAGUGGUUGUACCACUCCGGGCAGCAUCUACGGAGAUGCGUCGCCAGACCGACGCGGAAAUACGAAAAGACGUUGAACAAGAAGAGGAAAUGGACAUUAGCGCGGCAAACCCGCCUGCGCCUCUGCCGCAGCAUGAUCUUUUAGGCCUUUACUCCCCCGUUUCAGAGUUGCCUCAGUCGCACCGUUUCAGUCUGUCUCGCAAUCCGAGUUCAAAUACUGGACCUUCAGGAGACGUCGACGAAUCGUCCCGAAUUGGAGCAGCGAUACAUGGUCAGGGUUGGCAUAGCUCUGGGCGGCCAGAUGAGACUAAGAGAAACGGAGCUGCAGCCAGCUUUGACGCGGUUCGAUCGAAGCCUCGCCUGAGCUACGAAGAGCCGCGGCCAUCACGAUUCGUAUCCCCAAGUCAUCGCCGCCGAUAUUCAUUCUCCUCCAGGCGAGGCAGUAACACUCUUAUCUAUGAAGGGGAUGAUCUGGAAGGGGAUUUGGGGUAUGCAGCGGCAGAAGACAUGGAAGGCAACCGAAAGAAGGUAAUUGUCGAGCGACUCGAGACGGUCAAGAGUCGAAAUCCUGUCGCAUCUCAAGAAAGUACAAGUGAUUUACGCGCCUCGCCCUUCGCCACAUGUUCUGCUUACAUUCGUUUUCUGUCACUUACCGCUUUCUUUUCUUUUAGGCAUUUAUUCCUCCCAUUUGCAUUUGCUUUGGAGCUUGACCUUUGCUUUCGUAUGAAUCGCCGAUUCUCGUUCCUUCCCGUGGCGGUUUCCCGCUCCAGCAUUAUAUUUGAUGCCCCCAUUGUUGUCCUCACUCUUUCUCCAUUCCGUAUCUCAACUUCCGCAGACUAUAUCCAGCUACUGACAUCUUCUGUUAUAGUGCCCCAUGCGUCUCGUUCCAGCUCAGCAAAUAGUGCUGGUCAAGCUCAGCGCUUUGACCCACGUGUGCUUCUGAAUCCCAAAGCGUUCUCCAAGGCGGCCCAGUCCAAGAAAGAAUCAGCUCCCUCGGCCUCCGAUUCGCAGGUCCUCGCAGGGAAACGAAAAUCAUCGGAGCCUGAGGCUCGUGGCAUGGGCAGCAUGAUCGAGAUGGUCCAUAACGUGUCUACUAGGGACUCUAUUCCAUCAAAGAGACAAAAGACUGAGCAAUCAAACGGAGACGAACCGAUAGAGAAAACAAACUUCGCUGGCGGUGGUAAGGGUGGGGAGAUUGGAGAGUAUAUGCGAAAGAAGCGGGAGGAGGGUAGAAAAGAGCAGACUGCUUCAAGCGGGACGGUUGUGGACCUAACCGGCGGUAUGUGUUUCAAUUAUGGAGAUUGGCCAUGGCUUACAUACUUUACAGAUGAUGAACGAGAGGUUAUAGUGAUUGAAGAUAACUCUGAAAAGGAAGUGUGUUACGGCCAAGUGGAGGGAGCCCGCGUUCAAGCCCAUCGUGUGCCUGCUUUGAGCUCCAAAAGUUCACAAGCUUUCUCUAGCUCUCAACAAUGGCCCCCUAUCAAAGUCGAACUCCGCCCUCCGCAGCGUAACACGUUUAUCAUUUCAGUCAUUGAUCCUCUUGGGCACGACAUUGGUAGCAUCGAUGUUCGCACUUCACUUGGAUUGGCUCCAUUGAUGAAUUCUUCUUCCGUCAAACUUCGAUGCCAAGCGCGGUUGGCGAUGCGGCCAAGGAAGCCUGACGAGUGGCCUGGACAAGAAGUGUCCAGGCACUUUGAUUUAAUAUUGAACUUGUACGGUUUAAAGAAAUAUGCGGCAGGGAUCGGCAAAUAUUUCAGUCAAAGACAAAUCUGGCUUCGGGCGCCCUUUACCGUCGAUCGAGGGAUCGAAGUUUUCAACCCACAUGCUAUCAAGUCUGUGCACGGAACCAAUACGUCCAGUCGCUUUGGUUCCGCCAGUGGGCCGGGUUAUGUGACUCGAACGGUUGAAGAGAUUCGGAAUGACGUUAUCGGAAUGUUUGACUCCCUUCAAAAGUCGGAAACCCUUCCCCAGAUGGAGCCUGACCCGCGCAUUGUCACUCCGCUCCUUCCACAUCAGAAGCAAGGCCUUUACUUUAUGACAAGCAAAGAAAGGAGCCGAGUGUUUAGUGAAAAAGAAGAGUGCAAUAGCUCAUUGUGGAGAUUAAGGGCGAAUGCCAAUGGGCAAAGCCGGUACUACAACGUGAUCACGGGCAAGGAGGAGUUGGCAAAACCACCAGAAGUGCUGGGAGGUAUUCUAGCGGAUAUGAUGGGUCUUGGAAAAACGUUGAGCAUUUUGGCACUCUUGUUAUCUACUCAGGACGAUUCAGUAGCCUUUUCAGGGGAAUCUCCACCAGAGCCGCAAGCACCGGAAGAUGUCAAACUCGUUCGCAAUUCCAAGACUACACUACUGGUUGCGCCUCUCAGCACGGUUGCAAAUUGGGAAGAACAAAUCAAGAUGCAUGUACAACCCGGCGCUCUAUCUUACUACAUCUUUCAUGGCUCCAAUAGAUGUAGCGAUAUUCGCGAGCUCUCAAAAUACGACCUUGUGAUUACGACGUAUCACGUUGUCUCAAGCGAGUUAGAUGGAAGAAGAAAGAAACGGCAUGACGGGGCAAGACCUCUCCAGCAAACGAAUUGGUUUAGAAUUGUUCUCGACGAGGCCCAUAUGAUUCGUGAACAAUCAACGAGACAGUGCAAAGCGAUCUGUGCCCUAUCAGCGCAACGCCGGUGGGCAGUUACUGGUACGCCAGUUCAAAACCGGUUAGAUGAUUUGGGUGCUUUGAUCAAGUUUCUUCGAUUGAAGCCAUUCGAUGAAAAGGGCGGUUUUGCUCAAUAUGUGCUCACCCCUUUUAAAAUGGCAGAUCCUGAAAUUUUGCCAAAAUUGCGGUUACUGGUGGAUACUAUCACGCUUCGGCGGCUCAAGGAUAGGAUUGAACUCCCAUCACGCCAUGAUCAGAUAGUUCGACUGGACUUCACUAGCCAGGAACGACAGCUUUAUGAGUGGUUCGCCAAGGAUUCGGAUAGCAAAGCAAAGGUCAUGGCUAGUGAAGAAAGGAAGAGCCUUGGUGGCAAGCUCUAUGUUCAUAUUCUGCGUGCAAUUCUUCGAUUGCGGCUUAUCUGCGCCCAUGGGCGCGAGUUGCUCUCGGAUGAAGAUCAGAAAAUGACAGAAGGGUUGAGCGAAAGCAGUGCAAUCGAUCUUGAAGACGAGGAUGAUCAACGACCUGCUUUGACUCCUAGACAAGCAUACGACAUGUUCAGCCUGAUGAGAGAAAGCAAUGCUGAUACCUGCGCGGACUGUAACCGAAAGGUUGGCCAGAACGAGCUUGCUCCAGAAGAAGAUAAAGAUGAUCUCAUUGGUUUUCUGACCCCGUGCUAUCAAAUCAUAUGCAAAGAUUGCAUUGCAACGUUCAAAGAAGCCGUACAAAAGGUGGCAACGAAUGACAACCAUGCUAUUUGUCCUCUGUGCGAGGUGUACAUACGAAUCGCUUUUUUCGAGCUGAAGCACAGCGAGGUCAAGGAGGACGAGGAAGCGCGAAUGAUUGCAAGGAAUAAUCCAAAAAUGGCAAAAAAGCUCGGGCGAUAUGGCGGUCCACAUACAAAGACGAAGACCUUGAUUGAAUUUCUCAAGCAUUCCGAAGUCGAAAGCGAGGCUCAACCGAAUGAACGUCCAAUAAAAAGUGUUGUUUUCUCCGGCUGGACAUCUCACUUGGACUUGAUUCAGAUCGCAUUGGACGACAAUGGAAUCAAGUAUGCGCGACUCGAUGGCAAAAUGAGCCGUGUUCAACGUAGCGCUGCACUUGAAACGUUUCGCGAGGACCCCACUGUCCGAGUCAUACUCGUCUCGAUCGCAGCAGGUGGAUUGGGGCUCAACCUCACAAGCGCCUCCAGAGUAUAUAUGAUGGAGCCUCAAUUCAACCCCGCGGCAGAGGCUCAAGCCAUUGACCGCAUCCAUCGACUGGGACAAAUGAGGGAAGUCGUUACAACGCGCUUCAUCAUGUCAGGAAGCUUUGAGGAGAAGAUGCUUGAAUUGCAACGCAAGAAGCAGAACCUCGCCGAUCUUAGCAUGAGCCGUGGAAAGAUUGACCAGAGCGAAGCCGCGAAGCGAAGACUCGAAGAGUUGAGAAGUCUCUUCAAAUAG